AUGGCCACCGAACGACGCAUCAAGACACUCAAGAUGCGGGUGAAGAGCUUGACAGCAUCGCUCACCCACAUCAAGCUUUUCGUCGAUGAAUUCGACGAGGACACGCAGGCUGAUGAGAUUCCCGUCCGCCUGGAAAGCCUGACCAAGCUGUGGGAAGAUUACAGCACGACACAAAGCGAACUCGAAUCGCUCGACGAGAAUUCUCUGGAGGAUCUCAUCAAAGAACGGACGACGCUGGAAGCGUCCUACUACCGGGUCAAGGGCUUCUUACUAGCCCACAAUAAAUCGCAUGUGAACCAAAGCUCUCCAUCUCCUACUCAAUCAGUGGCGCACUUCCCUAUGUCCGCAUCGCAGGUGCGAUUGCCGGAUGUCAAGCUUCCCAUUUUUGACGGAAAAUUGGAGAACUGGCUCGUCUUCCACGAUUUGUACAUCUCUUUGGUCCACUCGUCUACAAAUCUCUCUAAUAUACAAAAAUUCUAUUAUUUGCGCUCAUCGCUAUCGCUGUCGGCGCUUCAGCUUAUCCAGUCGAUUCCACUAAGUGCCGAUAACUACACCGUGGCUUGGAAUUUGCUUCUAAAGCACUUCCAAAACCCAGCAAGACUGAAGCAAACCUACGUGGAUGCACUCUUCGAUUUUUCGGCGUUAAAACGUGAGUCGGCAGCGGAACUUCACAACUUAGUGGAGCGUUUUGAGGCCAAUGUGAAGGUUCUACACCAGCUUGGGGAGCCAACAGAGCAUUGGGAUAUUUUGCUCGUUCGUAUGUUGAGCACCCGACUCGAUACAACAACCAGGAGGGACUGGGAGGAGCAUUCAUCUUCGAAACGAACCGUCAAGUUCAAGGACUUGAUUGAAUUCAUCCAGCGACGCGUCACCGUGUUACAAUCCAUCCAAACAAAGGUCGUCGAUACUCCGUCCUCUGCUCAAGUCAGAAAGCCAACCUUUCGUUCAGCUUCGAGCCACAGUGCCAAUCAGGUCAGCCCUCGCAAAUGCCUCGUCUGCUCGGAACACCAUCCUCUGUACCUUUGCGGGAACUUCUCAAAAUUAUCAACCGAAGACAAGGAAAAGGAGGUUCGUCGACAUCAGCUCUGCAGGAACUGCUUGCGAAGGGGGCACCAGUCCAAGGAUUGCUCCUCGUCUACAAACUGCCGCAAGUGUCGAGGCCGGCACCAUACAUUACUCUGUUCCAGCGACUCAACGUCCCAGGCUACUUCGAAACAUGUUAGCCCCCCGCAGCAAAAACUCACGUCAGCUUCGCCAGUCACCGAUACUCCGAUCAAUUCUGCCUCUGCUCUUGUGGAGGCUAUUAGUUGUGCGUCCGCCAGCCACCAACAGAAAACCGUUUUGCUGGCUACAGCGAUGAUUAUCCUUGUUGACGACAACGGCGUUGAACACGUUGGGCGCGCCCUUCUCGAUUCAGGAAGUGAGUGCUGUUUUAUCACAGAACGUUUUGCGCAGUGCAUGAAGGUCCAGCGACAGAAAAUCUACCUGCCAAUCAGCGGUAUCGGCCAAUCUUCCACUCAGGCCAAGCAGAAGUUCUCUGCCACCAUACGAUCACGUGUCGGUGAGUACUCCACCGCCGUUGAAAUGCUUGUUCUUCCCAGAGUCACCGUCGACCUACCUGCUACGUCCGUGGACACCUCGUCAUGGAAUUUUCCACCUGGAAUUCAACUGGCGGAUCCAUCGUUCGACAGCACCAAUCCAGUUGACAUCAUUCUUGGCGCAGAAAUCUUUUUCGAACUGUUCCGUGUACCAGGUCGCAUCCAUCUCGGCGAGCAACUUCCAGUGCUGGUGAAUUCCGUUUUUGGAUGGGUCGUCUCAGGGAAGUCAACCGUGACUACGAACAGUACCCCAGUCGUGGCGAACAUCGCUACCGUCGCCGACCUCCAUCAACUAAUGGAAAGGUUUUGGAAAAUCGAGGAAGGCAAUUCACCCACAGCAUACUCCGUCGAAGAGCAAGCCUGCGAGGAACAUUUUUGCCGAACCGUGUCACGCUCUCCAGAAGGAAGAUACAUAGUCCGGUUGCCCUUCAAGGAAAACAUUCUGGACCAACUUAGCGACAAUCGCAGCACUGCUGUUCGUCGGUUUCAUCUCCUACAAACACGCUUGGUUCGUAAUCCCGCGCUGCAUGACCAAUAUAAAGAGUUCAUCGACGAGUACCGCAGCCUUGGACACAUGAAGCGCAUUCACGAAUACGAAGAGUCAACUGGUAAACGUUUUUAUCUCCCGCAUCACGCUGUACUUCGUGAAGACAGCGCCACUACGAAGCUAAGGGUUGUCUUCGAUGCAUCGUGUAAAACUCCGACGGGCCCAUCGUUGAACGACGCUCUCAUGGUGGGACCUACCGUUCAAGAGGACAUCCGAUCGAUCAUCAUGCGAUCCCGGAAGCACCCUGUCAUGUUAGUCGCCGAUGUGAAAAUGAUGUACCGCCAAAUACUCGUCGACCCUCGUGACACUUCAGUCCAGCUCAUUGUAUGGAAGCCCUCUCCGGAACACCCUCUGGAGACUCACGAACUUCAAACCGUAACUUACGGGACCGCAAGUGCGCCGUUCCUGGCUACGCGGGUGCUGAUGCAGCUUGCUGAAGAUGAAGGCUCCAAUUAUCCACUAGCCAAACCUGUGUUGAAAAAGGAUUUCUACGUGGACGACCUGUUUUCUGGUGGAAAAGAUGCAUCUGAAGCAAUUGAACUCCGAAAUCAGCUAGAAGCACUCCUAGCGAAGGGUGGAUUUCAACUCCGCAAAUGGGCAUCGAACGACGAAACGGUGCUCAACGAGAUUCCCCCUGAAAACCGCGCUCUGAAAAACUCUGUUGAACUGGAUCGAGACCAGGUCAUCAAAACGCUAGGACUCCAUUGGGAACCUGCGACGGAUUGCCUCCGCUACAAAAUCGAAUCACCUUCAAAUGCAAUCAAUCAUCCACUUACAAAAAGAAUCGCCCUCUCUCUUAUUGCUCGACUCUACGACCCACUUGGACUGGUAGGACCAGUGGUGACCACUGCCAAGGUGUUCAUGCAGAACCUGUGGACCUUAAAGGACGAUGACGGGACACCAUGGAGUUGGGAUAGGGUUCUACCGAUGGAGUAUCAGACACGAUGGACUAGCUACCAAAAGCUGCUACCAAACCUAAACAAUCUUCGCAUUAAUCGAUGCAUCCUCCUACCUGAACCGGAAACCAUACAGAUUCACAUCUUUGCCGACGCUUCGCAGCUUGCCUACGGUGCCUGUGCCUAUGUUAGGUCCACCAAUCCUGGUGGAUUAGUAAAGGUCGCCCUGUUGUCCUCCAAAUCACGUGUAGCACCCCUUAAGCGCCUUAGCAUACCACGUCUCGAGCUGUGCGGUGCAUUACUGGCUGCUGAACUGUACGAGAAAAUCAAAUCGUCGCUGCAACUCGACGCAAAAUGCUACUUCUGGCUAGAUAGCACUGUCGUCCUUUGCUGGCUCAACGCCUCACCUGCUACCUGGAACACUUUUGUAGCAAAUCGAACAUCCAAGAUUCAACUUGCAACACCUAACUGCUCGUGGCAUCACAUUUCCGGUCUGGAGAACCCUGCGGAUUGCCUUUCCCGUGGACUGGCUGCGGACACCAUCGUCGAUUUCAACCUCUGGUGGCACGGACCCCAAUGGCUACAACAGCAUCAAAACCAAUGGCCAAUGGCCCGUGAGGAUACUGAGCAACCUUUGGAGGCAAUGGAGGAAGCACGUCGGUCGUCAAUAGCAGCAACACCGUCUACACCUGAACCGCAAUUCAUUGACCAAAUCGUCGAAAGAUUCUCAAAUGUCCAGCGUCUCAUCCGGGUGAUCGCCUAUUGCCUCCGUUUUCUCCACCACUGCCGAUCAGCACCAAACAACCGAGCCAAAUCAUUCCUUCUCCAUGUUAGUGAGCUAAUCGAAGCAGAGCACAACAUCAUUCGUUUGGUUCAACAACAAGCCUUCAGCGAAGAAUGGAAACAGCUGAAGAAAAAUCAACCAGUGUCGUCGAAAUCCCGCUUGAAGUGGUUUCACCCGUUUGUUUCGUCUGAGAACCUUCUUCGAAUCGGUGGCAGACUAGGAAGUGCCAUGCAACCGUACGAUGCCAAGCACCAAAUUCUUCUUCCAAGAUCACACCGAUUUUCUCUCCUCCUGGUCUACAACUACCACGAACGGCAUCUUCACGCAGCACCCCAGCUUCUGCUAAGCCUACUUCGACAACGGUACUGGGUCAUAGGGGCCAGAAGUUUGGCCAAAGUCGUGGUCCACAACUGCAUUACCUGCGUCAGAGCACGCCCACGAAUGCUGGAACAGUUCAUGGCGGAACUACCAGCAUCACGAACCAACCUGAGUCGACCAUUUUCAAUAACAGGAGUAGACUACUGGGGACCUGUACAUCUGAAACCUGUACAUCGCCGUGCAGCACCAGGAAAAGCCUAUGUCGCUGUUUUUGUAUGCUUUUGUACUAAAGCUGUGCAUUUAGAGUUGGUCCCAGAUCUGAGCACAGCCAAGUUCAUACAAUCCUUCCGUCGUUUUGUGGCUCGCCGAGGAUUAUGCACCGAACUACACAGUGAUAAUGGGAGAAACUUUGUGGGAGCCGCUAACGAGCUAAAACAAUUGGUGAACAGCAAGGAGUACCGUAACGCCGUAGCCCAGGAAUGCAACGAGCAUAAAAUUCGCUGGAAAUUCAACCCUCCGAAAGCGUCAAACUUCGGCGGUCUCUGGGAGGCUGCUAUCUAUUCUGCCCAAAAGCACUUCAUACGAGUCCUCGGCAAAAACACUCUUUCCUUCGAUGAUAUGCAAACUCUUCUUUGCCAAAUAGAAUCCUGCCUGAAUUCACGCCCGCUCGUUGCACUGACUGACGACCCUUCGGACUACGAAACGUUGACACCAGGGCACUUUUUGAUUGGAUCGGCGUUGAAAUCAGUUCCUGAUGCCGACUACACAGAAAUUGCCUGCAACCGACUCUCCAGAUGGCAUCACGUGCAAAAAAUGUACCAGCAACUUUGGAAAAGGUGGCACUUGGAAUACCUGUCCACACUGCAACCACGAUCCAAAUGGCUCUCACCUCCCAUUGAAAUAAAGGAGAACCAGCUUGUAAUUAUACGCGAUGAAAAUUGCCCUCCGAUGCAUUGGCCAACAGCGAGAAUACAUCAAACUCAUCCUGGAGCGGACGGCAUCGUGAGGGUGGUAACACUCCAAACACCAUCUGGUCGGUUCCUUCGCCCGGUAAACAAACUAUGUCUCCUACCAACCUCAUCAUCGUUUGACCAACACGAGCAAGCUGAACUCCAAACGCAAGUGUCCGAAUAA